AUGAGUCUCAGUGCUCAUGUUGCUCAGAUGUGUGCAUUGUUUUUUCUGGUGGUGAUCACGGUUCUGUGGAACAUCUGUAAUCUAGCAGUAAAUGUCCUACACCAGUGGAAGAGCAGAGGAUCUCAUCAGCCUGUGAGCCUGAUCAUCUCCUGCAUCUCCAUCAGCAACGUGUUCCUGGAGCUCUCCAUGUCCGCUAUCCUGUUCUUAUUUUGGGCAGACCUUCUAUUUUCAGUAAAUUGCUUGCCAUUCCUCAGAACUACAGCUUUCAUUUGGUUACAGAGCAUCUGCGUCAGCUUCUGGUCCAUCGCUUGGCUGAGUACCUUCUACUGUGUGAAGAUCGUCAGCACCUCCAGUGCUCUCCUCUGCAAGUUAAAGAACAACAUUUCCUUCUUCAUCACCACAGCCCUCUUGCUAACUGUGCUGUUCUCCUUUGUAGCCUGCCUCCCCACCCUGUUCUUUCAGCUGCCGUCAUCCAACGGCACCACUAACGGGACCAGAAAUGCAACAAACCUGGGACUCGUCCUCCCUGUCUGGAUUGACGGAACCCUGUACCUUUAUGUUCUCAUGGGCUUCCUCUGCCCUGUCCCUGUGCUCGUCAUGCUGCCCACUUCCCUGAGACUUGUGGCCCACCUCUGUCAUCACACACUUCGCAUGAAGAAGAAUGAGAACCAGGUUCAGGGCACUGACUCCUACCUAAUGGUGUGCAGGAUGACCGUGUCCAUGGUUGGGGUGUACCUGACUAUGGUGGUCAUAUUUUUAAUCUUUCUUGCCAGAUGGACCCCGGGCAAGUUUCCAUUUGAGCUAUUUGCUUGGAAUUUGUCCUUUUUUUGCCUGGCAAUGGGUAUUCUUUUGACACUAUUAAACAAACAAACAAAAGAGAAACUAAUGUCUGUUUGCUGCUGCUGCUGCUGCUGCUGGGUAAAUGUCUGA